UGGAACGUCCUAUGGAGCUGGAGUGUCAAGGUGCGGGUGCCGGUGAGCGAGCUGCUGGUAUGGCAGCGGGUCAAUCAUUUCUCGGAGGCUCGGCAACUGACGAGGAAGGACCUGCUCAAGAAGCACUUGGCCAAGUACCAGGUGCGUUGGUCUGGCCCGGCCGGACCGGUCGAAAUAACUACGGUGAAGCUCGGUUUCAACCCCCACCACACCUGCUCUGAACAUCUUAUAUUGGGCCUUAAGCCCGUGGGACUGUCCCGGGGCCGCGGCAUCAGCCUCAUCAGCUCGCUCAAGAAGGUCAACAUGGCGGAGGCAAUGGUGGUGCAGAGGUACCUCACCGAGCCGCUUCUGGUGGAGGGGUACAAGUUCGACCUUCGGCUGUACGUGCUUGUCACCUCGUUUAACCCCCUGGAGGCUUGGAUGUACGAGGAGGGCUUCGCCAGGUUCACGACACUACCGUACACAUUGGACGAGGCGGAGCUCGGCAACAUGCACGUCCACCUCACUAACUCGUCCGUGCAGCGCGUCCGCGCGGAGGCGGGCCAGCUGCCUUCCUUCCUGCAGGCUGCAGGUGUCUUGGCUACGUUGCGACGGCUUCUGUCCCGUCACGGCGUGGACUGGCCGCUACUGUGGUCGCGCGUGUGUGAGGUGGCCACCGCAGCGCUCUUCGCCGCACAGGACGCCAUCCCGCACUCGCCCAACAGCUUCGAGCUGUUCGGCUUUGAUUUGAUGAUCGACGCAGAACUCAAGGUGUGGCUGCUGGAGGUGAACAGCAGCCCCAGCAUGGGUCUGGAUACGCCGCUUGACCGGGCCAUCAAGCCCCGCCUCAUCGCCGACGUGCUGGAGCUGCUGGCACCGCUGCCCUUCGACCGCGGCGCACUCUGCAGUGCUCUACGCGCCCGGACGAACACCAGUAGGUUGGGUAUAGCGGUGGCGGCUACCUAUGGGAGCGGCAGCGACAGCGACCUAGGUAUUUACCCCCGGCUCCUAUCUGCUGUGAUGGUGCCUUGGGUGCAUCUAGGCAGGGAGCAGUAA